AUGAGUUAUUUGAUGCUAACAUUUACACUAAUAAUUGCUGUCUUGCUAAUUAUAAGAAAGAAAAUGAAAGGUGUAUCUUGUUCAGUAGACAGAGAUAUGACUGGUGAGGUCGUAGUAAUUACAGGGUCAAACACAGGAAUAGGGCUAGAAACUGCAAAACAUCUAGCUAAAAGAAAUGCUACUAUAAUAAUGGGAUGUAGAGAUAUGCAAAAAGCUAAAUAAGCUGUAGCUUAAAUAAUGUAAGAAACCUAAAAUAAAGCAAAGAUAGAGCUAUUUUAGUUGGAUUUAUCAGAUUUAGAUAGCAUAAGAACAUUUGUCAAAUCUGUUAAAUCUAAAUUUGAUCAAAUAACAAUUUUGAUUAACAAUGCAGGUUUGUUUGGUUUGAUUGAAAAAAGGGUUACUAAGUAGAACUUUGAGAUGAUUUUUGGUACAAAUUAUAUUGGAACAUUCUAUCUGACAGAAUAAUUGUUGUCUUUAUUUAAAAAAGAAAACUAGAAUAGAAUCUUAAAUGUUGUAAGCUACAUUUAAAAAUUUGAUAGCCCUGAUUAUUCUUUUUUUGAUUCUAAUAAAAAGUAUGAACACAUUAAAGCUUAUUUUUAAUCUAAAUAUUAUUUAACUUUAUAUUCUCUUUACUUGAAUGAGCAAUAUCAAGACAGUCUAAACCUAAAAUCUGUUUCGAUACAUCCAGGAGUAAUAGACACUGAAAUAACUAGAAAUCUUUGUAGUUCUAUAAAAAUAAUAAAUAUAUUUUUGAAUUCAUUUUUAAGAUAUAUUUACACUUUCUUCAUUAAAACACCAAUUGAAGGUGCGCAAACUACUCUGCACACAGCUUUAAUUAAUUUUAACUAAUUAGCAGGUGGAAAAUACUAUAAAGAAUGUAAAGUUGAGGAAUUAAAGUAAAUCACUAUUAAAUAUGCAAAAGAGACUUACAAUUUCACUAAUGACUUUCUUUCAAAAUUGAAAUAUUGA